AUGGCUUGGAGAAACGCUUGUGAGGAACUGACGCAAUCGAAGCCUCUGUUCAUCACGAUCUACACUGUUGUUAUUAUCGGUAUCGUUGUUUCGUCUUUCUACGUUUUUUCUGCUAUUUAUUCCAGUGACACUCCUGCUGCUCAUUCUUCUGCAUGGCUGGCUUCUUCAAUCUCUCCUGAGAAUCCCCGCCUUAUAGAUCAAACACUCAAUAUUUCUCAGUCAGAAAAGGUGCAUGCUGUGUCCAAUAAACAGAAUGUGUGGCCAAGUUCUGUUUGGGAAGUUCCACCCUCAAAUAAAAAAAUGCCACCUUUGAAGGAUUUUCGACUGACCAAAGAACUGGUUCAGCAGCGGGUGAAAGAUAACGUUGUAAUAGUGACCUUUGGUAACUAUGCAUUCAUGGAUUUUAUUCUGACUUGGGUCAAGAAAUUGACUGAUCUAGGAGUUUCUAAUCUUCUUGUUGGUGCAAUGGACACCAAGUUAUUGGAGGUGCUGUAUUGGAAAGGAGUACCAGUUUUCGACAUGGGCAGCCAUAUGAGCAGUGUAGAUGUUGGCUGGGGUACUCCAGCAUUUCAUAAAAUGGGGAGAGAAAAAGUUUUUCUGAUAGACUCAAUUCUGCCUUUUGGUUUUGAAGUACUGAUGUGUGAUACUGACACAGUUUGGUUAAAGAAUCCACUUCCAUAUCUUGCUCGUUAUCCAGGAGCAGAUAUUUUAACUUCAAGUGAUCAAGUUAUACCAACAGUAGUUGAUGACAAUUUAGAAAUUUGGCAAGAAGUUAGUGGUGCAUACAACAUUGGAAUUUUCCAUUGGAGACCUACAGAGUCUGCCAAGAAUUUGGCUAAGCAGUGGAAAGAAAUGCUUAUAGCUGACGACAAGAUAUGGGAUCAGAAUGGGUUUAAUGAAAUUCUUCAGAGUCGGCUAGGACCAUCCGUUGAUGAUGGUAGUGGACUUGUUUUUGCUUUUGAUGGGAAACUGAAGCUGGGAAUUUUGCCUGCUAGUAUCUUCUGUAGUGGACAUACAUAUUUUGUACAGGCUAUGUACCAGCAACUUAGGUUGGAGCCAUAUGCAGUACACACAACAUUUCAAUAUGGAGGCACUGAAGGAAAGCGCCACCGAUUACGAGAAGCCAUGCUCUUCUUUGAUACACCAGAAUACUAUAAUCCUCCUGGGGGAUUCUUAUCAUUUAAGCCAUCUAUUCCAAAACGCUUGUUGCUAAGUGGGGAGCACAAUGUCGAAUCACAUUUUACUCUAAUAAAUCACCAAAUGAAGCAAAUAAGGACCGCCCUUGCAAUUGCUUCCCUUCUCAACAGAACACUGGUCAUGCCGCCACUAUGGUGCAGGCUGGAUAAGCUAUGGUAUCCCCAUCCUGGUGUUUUGGAGGGGUCUAUGACUAGACAACCAUUUCUUUGUCCUUUGGACCAUGUAUUUGAGGUGAAUGUCAUGUUGAAAAAACUCCCCAAAGAAGACUUUGGCCCUGGAAUAGAUUUUAGAGAGUAUUCAAUAUUUGAUAACCCCUCUCUGCCGUCAGAGGUGAAAAAGUCAUGGCUUGAUGUUCAGCUCUGUAAAGAAGGAACUCAAGAUUGUGAUGGAUCAUAUAAUACCACUGCUGGAGGAGUACUUAAAUUUCCAAAACAUAGCAGUGAAGAAAUGUUUAUGAAAGUAUUCUCAUCAUUCAAAGAUGUAAAAGUCAUUAAGUUGUCUUCAGUGCAAGACGCUUUCACUGGUUUCACUAAUAAGGAAAGGGAAGAAAGAUUCAGAAGACGCGUUAAACAGUAUGUCGGCAUAUGGUGCUGUGGUUUGGAUAAACCUAUUGGCCACAUAUAUUAUGAUAUGUACUGGGAUGAGAAACCUGGAUGGAAAGCAAUUCCUCCGCAAUCUCCCGAGGAAGAUCACCCACCCUUGUGA